UCCGCCUCCGCCUGCGCCCUCGGAGAGCCACCGCACACGCCACCAGACACUCCGGCCAGUGGGGCGACGCGGAGCGUCCUCCCUCUAUCUCCGGGCAGUGAGCGCUCUGCCCGCCCGCGCGUGCGCCCCGGCGGGCGGCUGGACCCCGCGGCGAGAGGGAGAGCGUAGGGAACCCGAGCCGCUCGGAGGCGGGGCCGUCUGCCCGAGCCGCGCGGAGCCUCGGGACAAUGGGGCCGCGGCGGCUGCUGCUGGUGGCCGCGGGACUCAGUCUGUGCGGCCCCCUGCUGUCGGCCCGAACCCGAGGCGGCAAUUCCGAGUUAAAAGCACCCAAUGUUACCUUGGACAUCCGGUCAUUUUUUUUCAAGAACACCAACGACAGAUUUGAACCAUUCCCACUGGAAGACAACGAGCGAAAAAACGGAAGUGGGUUCCCUGAAGACAGAUUAAGCUCCAUCAACAGAAGCCAUCCUCUUCGAAUACCGUCCUCUCUGCCCAUCUCGAAAGAUGCCUCAGGGUAUCUGACCAGUGCCUGGCUGACGCUUUUUAUCCCCUCCGUCUACACUGGUGUGUUCGUCGUAAGCCUUCCUCUGAAUGUCAUGGCCAUCCUCGUGUUCAUCCUGAAGAUGAAGAUCAAGAAGCCUGCUGUGGUGUACAUGUUACAUCUGGCCACAGCAGACGUGCUGUUUGUGUCAGUACUCCCGUUCAAGAUCAGCUACUACUUCUCCGGCACUGAUUGGAAAUUUGGGUCCGAGAUGUGUCGCUUCGUCACUGCAGCAUUUUACUGUAACAUGUACGCCUCCAUCAUGCUCAUGACAGUCAUUAGCAUUGACCGGUUUUUGGCUGUGGUGUACCCCAUCCAAUCCCUGUCCUGGCGCACUCUGGGAAGGGCCUCCUUCACUUGUUUGGCCAUUUGGGCUAUGGCCAUCGCCGGGGUGGUGCCUCUCCUCCUCAAGGAGCAAACCACCCAGAUGCCGGGGCUCAACAUAACCACCUGCCAUGACGUGCUCAAUAAAACCCUGCUCGAAGACUAUUAUGCCUUUUACUUCUCAGCCUUUUCUGCUGUCUUCUUCUUUGUACCGCUAAUCAUUUCCACAAUCUGUUACGUGUCUAUCAUUCGAUGUCUUAGCUCCUCUGCCGUUGCCAACCGGAGCAAGAAGUCCCGGGCUUUGUUCUUGUCGCUUGCUGUUUUCUGCAUCUUCAUCAUUUGCUUUGGACCCACAAAUGUCCUCCUGAUUGUGCAUUACUCAUUCCUUUCUCAAGAUUCCAUGGCAGAAGCCACCUACUUUGCCUACCUCCUGUGUGUCUGUGUUAGCAGCAUAAGCUGUUGCAUUGAUCCCUUGAUUUACUAUUAUGCUUCCUCUGAGUGCCAGAGGUACCUCUACAGUAUCCUAUGCUGCAAAGAAAGUUCUGAUCCCAGCAGCUAUAACAGCAGUGGUCAGUUGAUGGCAAGUAAAGUGGAUACUUGCUCUAGUAACCUCAGUAAUAGCAUAUACAAAAAGCUCUUAACUUAGGAAAAGGGACUGCCAGUUAGUUGAAAAGAAAAGAUUAAAAAAGUGAGUAACCUGAGGAUUCUAUUAUUCCUUGCCAAAAAGGUAUUUGUGAUCAAAAGCAACACAUCUAUAAUUUGCAUGCCUCUUUCUUAUGAGAGCCAUUAAUCAUAUCUAUUAGUUAUAGGAAAAGAUAACAAGAAUAGAAAACAGUGUUAUUCCAAGAGUAUUGCCAGUGCUACAGUAAUAACUGAAUGUCAUUUUUUUAUAUAUUUAUGUGACUUACUAUGUAUGUGUGUAUGUGCAUACAUACACACACACGUGUUUGUAUCAUUUGGAGCACAGUAUAGAAUAGGCACUUUGAAACCCUGUCUUUUUCCCCCCUAGGAAAUAAACCCUAGUUUUCUGAUUUUAUGUGCAAAGUUUAGGUUGGUGGAUGAACAUCUGAAGAUGUUCAUCAAUAGGGAGGGAUUCCGUGGUUUGGACUCAUACGGCUUUUGCAAAUAAAUGUGUUUUGAAAUUGUUCAACAGCAAUGUUUAAGUUAUUAAGGGAUAAGACUUAGCACUAUCUGUGUGUAGAAAAGGUUCUACUGUUUUUCAUUUUAAACGUAUCAAAGUUUGAAUUCUGUAGAUUAUGAAAACAGAUAGAUGUCUCACGCCCUCUGUAUGUAAAGCAAGAAUGAGCAUAGGUCCCACGAGUGACCUUAGGUUGGCUUUCAAAGCAGCCUGCCCCGGAUGGAGGACUCCAAGCAAUAGAUACAAAGCAGGGCCAUUUCAGACAUGGACUGGUCACAAACCCUCCAGCUGAGCCUCCCAGAGAUCAGAACCAGGGCCACCACCGUUACUUUCUCCUCCUGCGGUUCCCACAAGGGCUGGCUGUGAACUCUCUUGUUCAUUAGAAUUUGGCAAAGUAGGUUGUACUAUCCCAGGAGAUAAUGAACGUAAAAGACUUUUCUCUGCCCGUUUUAAGAAUAGAGAAGGAGGUCACAUUCACUUCCAGCAAUUAUCUCACAAGGACCAUUCUCAGAUGGAAACACUCAUGGAGCAAACAUGAACACACGUUGUGUGCUCUGGGCACAAUGAUGGGUGCUGGGCAUACAGAGUUGACUGCGACUGAGACCUGCCCUCAAAAAGAACGAAGUAGGGCGCCUGGGUGGCUCAGUCGGUUAAGUGUCUGACUUCGGCUCAGGUCAUGAUCUCACGGUCCGUGAGUUCGAGCCCCACGUCCGGCUCUGUGCUGACAGCUCAGAGCCUGGAGCCUGCUUCAGAUUCUGUGUCUCCCUCUCUCUCUGACCCUCCCCCGUUCAUGCUCUGUCUCUCUCUGUCUCAAAAAUAAACAUUAAAAAAAAAUUAAAAAAAAAAAAAAAAAGAACGAAGUAGACCAGUACAGGGUGUGGUAUGUGUAUGAUAAGUAAAUAUGUCCUUAUCUAGAGAAGCUUUUUUAGCCCAGUGUAACCAUGCAAGUUUCAUACCAGCAAGGAUCGUCAGUUGAAGAACUUUGAACAUUUUGGGCUACUGUUUCCAAUGGUUAUAACUUCAGAUGAAAACAUAACACAAUACAGGAAUUACAUUUUUAAAAAACAAGUCUUCCGUUCUACGCUGGUUGAACACUAUUUAUUUACAAAUGUUUUCAAAAUUAAAAAAUUUUUAAAGAAUCAUUUAUGCUAGUUUGAUGAGAAAUAAUAGGAGAAAUUAAAACUGACUUUGAAAUCUAGGAAAAUUAUUCUUUUCUUUCCAUUUACUUUUUUUUUAAGAGUUAAUGAGAUGAUUUUAAAAGCAUUUUUUAACCCCAUGAUUCGUAUCAAGUACAGGAAAUCCUCAUGGAUUUGACAAAAUAAUUUGAAAAUUACUUCGAAAUGUAUAUUUUUUCCUUAUGGAGCAAUGUUGGCCUUUUAAACAAAAAAAUAAAACAGUUUCAAGGCAAAUGUUUACCUUUUCAAAAGAGCAAACGCUUUCCAAAUGCCAUAGAAUAAUUUACAUGAAAGAGCAUAAGGUAAGGAUAAGCUAACAUCGAUUUUAUUUUUUUAGCAUGGGUUUUAUUAACUUAGUUACUAUAUUUUAUUCAACUCAGUGGAGAUUGUUUAUUCAGUCUGAAAUAUUAAUAUACCUCUGACUUUAUAUGACUAUCAUUACUAUGUUAUCAUUGUGUACUUAUGUCAUUGUUUUUAUGUUUUCUGUUUUUAAAAAAAAUGUAUAUAACAUAUUAAUAAACAUCAAAGUUUGCUUGGUA